UGCAACGCUCCACGGCAACGCAGCACUAUCCCGAAAUGGCUGCUGUGCCCCUCGGCUUCGACAUUGACGCCCCGCGCUGGGACCAGAGCACCUUCGUGGGGCGGCUGUGGCACUUCUUCAACAUCACUGACCCGCGCACCGUGCUGGUGCCGGAGCGGGAGCUGGACCGGGCACAGGCCGUGGUGGCAGGCUGCAGGGCUGGGAUGGUACCGCCGGGGAGCAGCCAGGAGCAGCUGCUGUAUGCCAAGAAGCUGUACGACUCGGCCUUCCACCCCGACAGCGGUGAGAAGAUGAACCUCAUUGGCAGGAUGUCCUUCCAGGUGCCAGGUGGCAUGGCCAUCACUGGCUGCAUGUUGCAGUUCUACCGGACAGUGCCGGCUGUGGUGUUCUGGCAGUGGGUGAACCAGUCCUUCAAUGCCAUUGUCAACUACACCAACCGCAAUGCUGCGUCCCCCAUCUCUCUGGCGCAAAUAGGAGUGGCUUACGUCACGGCCACCACGACAGCCCUGGCCACUGCUGUGGGACUCAACCUCUACACCAAGCGUGCUCCUCCCUUGCUUGCCCGUUGGGUCCCUUUUGCAGCUGUAGCUGCUGCCAACUGCGUGAACAUCCCAAUGAUGAGGCAGCAGGAGAUCAUCCAUGGGAUAUCAGUGACUGAUGAGGACAACAAUGAGCUUGGGCACUCCAGGAGAGCAGCAGUGAAAGGCAUUGCGCAGGUUGUGGUCUCCAGGAUCACUAUGGCAGCUCCAGGCAUGAUCAUUCUGCCCAUCAUCAUGGAGCGGCUGGAGAUGUUCCCCUUCAUGCAGAGGAUCCGGGUUCUCCACGGGCCGCUGCAGGUGCUGCUGUGUGGUGGGUUCCUGCUGUUCAUGGUGCCGGCAGCCUGUGCCCUGUUCCCUCAGAGAUGCUCUCUUGCGCUGGCUGACCUUGAGCCGGAGCUGCGGGACAGCAUCGUGACCAAGCACGGGGACAAAGUGCCAUUUGUCUACUUUAACAAAGGGCUGUGAAUAGAGGCUACCUUGGGAGCCAUUGAAGCCCUCCAGCCCCCAACACUGCCAGCCCUGUGCCAGUGCAGGGCUUGGAUGCAUGGUGCAGCCCCCAUUAACCCAGUCUGGGAGUGGAGCUGGGAUCAUCUCCCAUUUCCCCCACCCCAAACCACAUUGCUGCCUUAAACUGCUGCAGGGGCCUCUUUGCAAGAGCUGGAGCCUCCACAGUGAGUGGGAAAGACUUGUCCCCUGUGUAGGGGAACACAUCAAAGUCCUGGGACCAGUGCUAGGACUGUGCCUUCCUUGCUCUCUGGUUCAGAUCUUAUUCACUUUGCGAUUGUCACAAUCCCAAAGACAAAUAGCUAAUUGUUUAUAAGCUCUGAAUUUUGCAAUCAGCUCAUUGCAUUGAGUAUGACAGCCAGGCAUCACCUUGCCAUUUUGUGCCUCACUGUUCCUGUGGUAGGACCAAGGACUUGGGAAACACUUGAUUCUGGCCCCUCUCACACGGGGAGGGUCACUAAGCCAUUGGGUUUUGAACUAAGGCUUUAAAUGACAGAGAUGGGGGUUGGCAAAUAAAACAUGGUGAUUUUUAAAACA